ACUCUGUGCCCGUUGUCGUACCAGAUGACUCGGUGCCCGCUGUCGUACCAGAUGACUCGGUGCCCGCUGUCGUACCAGAUGACUCGGUGCCCGCUGUCGUACCAGAUGACUCGGUGCCCGCUGUCGUACCAGGUGACUCGGUGCCCGCUGUCGAGCUUGGUGACCUGGUGCCCGCUGUCGUGCCAGGUGACUCGGUGCCCGCUGUUCUGCCAGGUGACUCGGUGCCCGCUGUCGAGCUUGGUGACUCGGUGCCCGCUGUCGAGCUUGGUGACUCGGUGCCCGCUGUCGAGCUUGGUGACUCGGUGCCCGCUGUCGUGCCAGAUGACUCGGUGCCCGCUGUCGAGCUUGGUGGCUCGGAGCCCGCUGUUGAGCCAGAUGACUCGGUGCCCGCUGCCCAGCCUGAUGUGCCAGCGUCCGCUGCCCAGCCUGAUGUGCCAGGCCCUGAUAUCCAGC